CGCAGUACCGCGUACUGCGACCUGUCUCAACUAAUAAAUAAAUUAUUAAUUGCGGUUCCGGGCAGCACGUGGGCGGCACCACCGCGGCGAUGGACCCGCCCCCGAACGCGCCCCGCUCUCCCAACGGGCGGGACUUCGCCGCGCGCGCCGAGGGCGAGCGCAUGGUCCUCAAGAACACGCCAAUGGGCCGGGCGCCCCAGGUCAAGCGCGAGAUGCGGGAGGAGGACGCCAGCAGCGGAGGCGGUCCCGCGACCGCCACGCGGAGCGGCCAGGCGAAGCGGGCCGCGCGCGCGGCGGACGGCGGCGCGGCGAGUCUACCGCCGGACGCCGCGCGCGCGCCACUCGCCGCGCCGCCGUCCGCCGCGCGGGCGCCGCCGGCACGCGGGGCAGCGAUGCUGCGCGGCGCCGCCGUCGACAUAAAAUACCGUCCGCCGCGCAGGGCGCCCGUUGGCGGGAAGUGGACGGAGGAGGAAGAUCGUCGUUUGAGGGAGAUCGUCGAGACAUUCGGCGCGAAGAACUGGAAGCGGCUCGCGAUGCUGCUGGGCACCGUCCGGUCCGACGUCCAGUGCCUCCACCGCUGGAACAAGGUCUUGCGGCCGGGCCUCAGCAAGGGGCCGUGGGCGGCCGUGUGGAAACCAACCGGCGAGUCAGCUUCGCAAACGCAGUUACGGAGACGACGGCGCGUCGACGGCGUGAAGCGCCUGGAAUUUGAGAUCCACACAGGUGGACGGCGGCCGAGGACCGCGUCGUCCGCGACAUGGUGCUGCGCCACGGCGCGGGGAACAUCAAGUGGAGCGUGAUCGCGGCGCAGCUGCCGGGGCGCAUCGGCAAGCAGUGUCGCGAGCGGUGGUUCAACCACCUCGACCCCGACAUCAAAAAGGGCGACUGGACGCCCGACGAGGACGCGGUCCUCUUCGAGACGCAGCGCGUCCGCGGCAGGGCGGCGGAAUCAAAAACUUCAAGGUGCCGAAGGACCGCGUUCUGGCCGAGACGGCGCGCGUCGCGAAGAAUUCUCGAUUCGCUGGUUCAUUCCGCAGGUCCACGGCAACCGCUGGAGCGAGAUCGCCAAGCUCCUGCCCGGCCGGACCGAAAACGCCGUCAAGAACCGCUGGAACUCGUCCGCGCGGAAGCGAUGGCUCCGCGACCGCGGCCUCCCGGACGACGCGCCGCCCCCGGCGUCGGCGGCGCCCGCGGCGGCGGCCGCCGGGGCGCACGCGCGCGCUUCCUCGACGCGCGCCGCCGCGGCGCUCCGCCCGCCCGCGCUCGCGCUGGGGUUCGACGACGUCGACGUGGGCGGCGCGUCGUCGCUGAUGAGCUCGCCAGUCGCUGACCGCGCGGGACGUCGCGCGCAUUCGGGGGGGGGGGGGGGGCGUCGUCGCUGCCUUUCGGGGGACGUCGUCCGCGCAGGUCACGGAGCUCCUCGACGUCGACCGCGCGGGCGGGCUCGGCGAGCAGGGUCUGCUGGCGGCGACGUCGGAUAUCCUCGCGUCGUUCGACGCGGACGCGGACGCGGCGACGCGCGGCGGCGAGGCGCGCGGCGGCGACGACGACUUUGGCAUCGACUUUUCGCCGCGCGUGGCCGACGCCGACGCGGACUUCGCGGGCGCGGUCACGCUCCUGUCCACGGACUCGUUCGCGCGCGACACGCCGACGGGGACGCCGCGCGCCGCCGCGCCUCGCGACGCGGGCACCGACGGCGUUCCCUGCGCACCGCGCGAGGCCGAGUUGCGCCGCGCCGCGAGCGCCGCCGUCGCGGCGGCGGCGGCGGGGGAGCAGGACGUGCCGCUGUCGCUGCUCCCGUACUUCCGCUUUCUCAACGAGCGGGGUCAGGCGUCCAUCAUGAACCAGCUCGUGGCCCAGUUCUCGCGGACGUCGAUCGAAGGCACGCCCCCGGUCGUGCCGCCGCUGCCCGCGCCCGGGCCCGCUGCCCCGCGACCGGGAUUUCCACCGCCGUCGUUGACGUAUUUGCCGCGGUCGCUCAUCCCCAUACCUCUUGGCGUCCCGAUGGUACCGGGGCUGCCGCAACAAACCCUCGGUGCCUUGCCAGGCCAGCCUUGCGUCCCGUUUGGAGCCGUACCACCCGGAUCCCAGCCUGUGGCCUUCGCUGCGGCACCGCCGGCGCCAGCCUUUCCCCCGUGCUCCGGCGACGAAUCCCUAGGGAAGGGGGUUUAGGACCCAGGGCCUGUGUUAUAUUCUCUGGGGA